AUGGUCCCCAAUGAAGACCUUCAGUAUCAGGGAAUUAUCCAGUUACUUCUGCAUUUCAGAUGGAAAUGGGUUGGGCUCAUCACUACAGAUAAUGAAGCUGGGGAACGUUUCUUACAGACAAUUGAGCCAAUGCUUUUCAAGAAUGGAAUAUGUUCAGCAUUCACAGAAAGAGUGGAACUCAAUAUAAUUUAUAACAGUAACAACCUAGAAAUGCUGCAGGACGCAAGGAUUUGGUUACCAACUUUCACAACCAGCAGAGCCAACGCAGUUCUUGUAUAUGGAGAAAGUAGAUUUAUUAUAUGGUUGUCAGGUGCUUUAAUCACAAUGGAAUUAACUCGGCUACUAUUUCCUCAAAAGAAUUCACGUGAAGGAAAACUCCACUCAUUCCUGCAGAGAAUCUCAUUCAACAACGGUGCUGGGGAUGAAAUUGCAUUAAAUGAAUAUGGAGAGUUAGCAGCUGGCUUGGAUAUUACCAACUUGGUCACUUUCCCAAAUAAUUCCUAUGUCAGAGUCAAAGUGGGAAGUUUGGAUCCUCAGGCCCCUCCGAGUAAAGAGCUCACCAUUAAUGAAGACAGAAUAAAAUGGAACAGACGCUUCACUAAGCUGCCACCGCUUUCUCUAUGUAAUGCCAACUGCCAUCCUGGUUACGGGAAGAAAAAGAAGGAGGGGGAGAAGUUUUGCUGCUAUGAUUGUGAUCCAUGUCCAGAAGGAAUGAUUUCAAAUGAGAAAGACACGGAAACAUGUGUCAGUUGCCCAGCAGAUCAGUAUCCAAACAGCGGCCAGAAUCUUUGCAUUCCUAAGAUUCCAAACUUCCUAGCCUUUGAUGAAACCUUGGGCAUUGUUUCAACUUCCUCUGUGCUUCUAUUCUCUCUGAUCACAAUUUUGGUAUUUGGCAUCUUCAUUAAGCAUCGCAAUACAGCCAUAGUCAAAGCCAACAACAGAAGCCUCACCUAUGGUCUCCUUAUCUCCCUCCUCUUGUGUUUCCUCUCUUCUUUGUUGUUUAUCGGAAAACCUAAUGAGGUGACUUGCCUCCUCCGACAAAUUGCUUUUGGCAUUGUCUUCUCUGUGGCCCUCUCCAGCAUCUUAGCCAAAACGAUACUGGUGGUUUUGGCAUUCAUGGCUACCAAACCAGGAUCCAAUAUGAGGAAAUGGGUAGGCAAAGAACUGACUUAUUCCAUUGUCUUUUCCUGCUCCAUUGUUCAAGUAGGGAUCUGUGUCCUCUGGCUGGCAACCUCUCCCCCAUUCCCAGAUGUGGACAUGCACUCAAUGAGUGAAGAAAUCAUAUUUCUAUGUAAUGAAGGGUCAGUCCUCAUGUUCUAUUGUGUUUUGGGCUACAUGGGAUUACUGGCCAUUAUCAGCUUCACAGUGGCCUUCCUAGCCAGGAAGUUGCCUGACACUUUCAACGAAGCCAAGUUCAUCACCUUCAGCAUGCUGGUCUUCUGCAGUGUUUGGCUCUCCUUCAUUCCAACCUACCUGAGCACCAGAGGAAAAUACAUGGUGGCUGUGGAGAUCUUCUCCAUCUUUGCUUCUGGUGCUGGGUUACUGGUUUGCAUUUUCAUCCCUAAAUGCUACAUUAUUGUGGUGAGGCCUGACCUGAAUAACAAAGAGCAGCUAACACAAAGAAAGAUCAGGUGGAGGAGAGGAAUAAUACUGUUGAGAGAAGCAGGGGAGUCCAUGCCCACAAGGGUAUUUGCCAUCAGGAUGUUGCUCCUGCUGCUUCUGCUGCUUCCCAAUAUAGUGUCACAAGGACAAAGUGCUCAAUGCGCAACAAAUAAUCCUGUUCAUGUUCCACACGAGUGGUAUGAGCCAGGUGACCUGGUCAUUGGUGCAAUGGCAUCUCAUAUUUAUUACAUAGUCCCCAAAUUAUCCUUCAAGAGACACCCUUCCCAGGACUUCAUUGACGCCCCAAUGGUGGUGACAAAGUUCUACCAGCAAAUCCUGGCCUUGGUCUUUGCUGUUGAUGAGAUCAACGAGAAUCCCAGGAUGUUGCCCAAUGUCUCUCUCGGCUUCCACAUCUAUGAUAGCUAUUAUGAUUCAAAGAUGACCUACCGAAACACUCUGGACCUGCUCUUUAAAUCACAUCACUUUGUUCCCAACUACAGGUGUGGCAUCCAGAAAAAUGUCAUAGGAGUCAUUGGAGGACUCAGCUCUGAUACCUCCUGGUGCAUGGCAAACAUCUUAGGUCUUUUCAAGAUUCCACAGGUAGAAUAUGGAUUUGAAAAACAGAGAUGUCAUGCUUUUCUUGCAUUAGGAAUCUACUGA